CACAUGAUGCACAAAAAUCACUCAGCAUUAGGGUUGUGAUAGAAAACGAACAAAAUGUGGAGGCAAAAGUAAUAUGAAGUAUGUCAGAUAUCUGUGAUUGGUAACGUGUCAGCAAGAAGGGAAUUUCGGCGCUGUUCCUAAAAAUGAACCGAUGAGUUUCCCGAAACAAUCAUGGCCGUUUCUGAUCUUCCUGGUCUCGCGAGACAGUCACAGGAUGCACUGUUACAAGUGACUGGUCUCCUCUGAAAAUUUAUAAUGUCUGUUGCUCCAAUGUGCUAUGAAACCCAAUUUUUUGGGUUUACACCACAAACCUGCAUACUCAGACUAUACAUUUCUUUUCAAGACUACUUAUUUGACAUGUUGCUGCUUGUGGAGACUGUAAUCCUGAAGAAACUAACGAAAUACCCAGACUGUGGAAUAAGUCGCUUUGAUAUUCGAGAAGGCACUGAAAAGUAUCUGAGUUUUAUAAAUGAACACUUCAAUCUCUUGUUUCAGAAAAUAGAGAAUUGUCUUUUAAAGCUGGUGCUGAAAAUACCCAGGAAUAUUCUGUUGUCGGAAGAUAAGGUUCAUGCCGAAUAUCCUUACACUAAAGAAGAGUUUGAUGAUCUGCAGAGUGUAACGAAGACUUUACAGGAGCAGUACAAGGCAGAAACAUUUGCUACCAAGUCCCUUUUAGCUGAGCUGGAAGAACAAGCAAGUGUCCAGUCUGAGCUGGAAGAGAUUCUGACACUGUUUGAUAAGUUGGACAAAAGUAGCAGAGAGCAUGGGAAUAUAGAUUUGGAGAGUUUUGCAUUUAUGGUUCAGACUUCAAAGAAACUGGAGGUCACUGUGAAAGAAAUAGAUAUGAAACAUAAAAAACUUAAACUUGAUUUGACUUGCAGUACUCCAGUCCGAUUAAGAGCACGAAGAUCUAAUAAGUCAAAAAUGACAUUUUAUUGAAUCUUUUUUUUAUUUAUUUUUUUAACUUGGAAAUCUGAAUGUUGUAAUAAAAAAAAAAUUAUAUAUUUUGAUAAUCUAUCCCUUUUACCCUAAAUUGAAUUGAGAGGACACCUCCCCAAAGAUUUCCCUCCUUGGUGUCUGCAGUGAAUUUCGGCUGUGGGUCUGAUUUGCGAAUAACUUGCUGCAAUCACUGUCUUUCCCACCGCUUCCAUUUCACAAAUUGAGCUGCAUAGAUGAGGACCCAGACAGGGAAUUUCAUGGGAGUGACGCACACUUCACUUAAGGCAUUGAAAGGAUGAUUACUAUGAAAUAUUGAUUAUUGUAUAUAUACCAAUGUAAUACUUUUUAAAUAGCUAUAAAACACACGUCUAUCUUUUUCAAAGGGGGCAAUUCACUUACAUGUGACCUGCUGCCACCUCGCACUGCACUUAUAACAGUAAUUGGGGUAGGCUGUGAUCAGAAAUCAGCCACUGAGACAUGCCACGCAUUUGGAAUAAUUUAUUUGGCCACAGACUGUCCGGAGGAUUCAAUGUAUGCAGCAAUUCUCACCAAUAUUCAGAAUUUAACCAUUGGUUCAGAAUAUAGAGUGAGGCACUGUAGUACACACACCAAGUUUACCUUUCACUUCAUAAAAAUACACUGCUAAUUACAAUUGUAUAUCACAAACAGUGGAAGACAAUCACCUCUAGAUACAUGCUGGCAGAUUUAUAUAAUGGAAUGAAAGCGUUAGCCGAUGUUAGUUUCUCAUUGGAUACACUUGUAUUUUGGGUCUAGUUCUUCUAAAGACAAUGUUUUUGAGGUCCAACAAGAGGCUUUACUGAAAAAUUGCUUGCAAUUAAUAAGAGUAUUGUGUAAUUUGAUGGCCACUGACUAUAAUUUUAGCUGAGAUUAUAAUAUUGAAAUCGUUUUACAAUUAAAUACUGUAAGUGUAAACGUUUUCUGAACCCUCAAGUUAUUCAAAUUAAAUAUAAUCACUUUUGUUAUCUGGAGAUUUCCAAAGGACUAGAGUUAGCAGGAGCUUAUAUGCAAUAAAUAAUGAUUUUUAGGCAUUUGAA